AUGCGGAAGAUCCUUCCGCCGCACGCUAAGAUUUCCGAUGAAUGCAAGGAGUUGGUCCAAGCAUGUACAUCAGAAUUCAUUAGUUUCAUCACGUCGGAGGCCAACGAGCGGUCCCAGCGUGACUGCCGGAAGACGAUUAAGGCAGAGGACGUCCUUUUCUCGCUCCGCCAUCUAGGGUUCGACAGCUAUGUCGACCCCCUCACCUCGUACUUGAACAAGUAUCGCCAAAGCGAGGCUGCUCGAACGGCUGUGCGCGGAAACCCUUCUGUCCGACGCACUACAGAUUUCUCUACCGUGGCGCGAUCUGGGCCCGAACCUCUCCCUCCGCCACCUCCACCGCCUCAGCAACUACCGCCGCCUCCUUUUAUGCCGAGUAUGAUUCCGACAGCUCCCGGUUACAAGAACUAUUAUAACCCGAUAGUUCAAGGUCACCAACAUGGUUUGUAUGGUCAAGUACCAACAAGCGCUUACCACUACUAUGAUAGUGGUGCUAGUAGUAGUAGCACCCGUGGUGGACCAGAAGAGGAAUCUUCUUCCAAUUCUUCUCUUGCUCGUUAUCAUCCUUUCUCUAGAGACUUUGGUUCUUCUAGUUAAGUGCUACUAGGCAGCUUUGUUGUUUUCAUCAUGCAUUAUUUUCAUAGAUUUCAAUGUAUUGUAAGAAGAUGAU